AUGUCCAAAGCUCCCGUCAAGAGCAAUGACUCGCCUACCAAGAUCCACUAUCCUUUCUGGUUCGGUGGGAGCGCGAGUUGUUUCGCUGCUACGGUCACCCAUCCUCUAGAUUUGAUCACGUUCACUGCUUACCUGGCCAAGGUCCGAUUACAAACCCAGAGCCAUGAAGGCCCGCGCAAGAACAUGACCGGAAUGGCCUCGCAUAUCAUCAAGAGCGAUGGAGUACGAGGACUUUACCGCGGACUUUCGGCUUCGAUCAUGCGCCAACUCACAUACAGCACCACACGCUUCGGCGUAUACGAGAAAAUGAAAGAGUUGGUCUCGACUGGAAAGGAACCGCCCUCCUUCAUGACAUUGGUCGCAAUGGCCUCGACUUCGGGUUUCUUGGGUGGAAUCGCUGGGACGCCAGCCGAUAUCAUCAACGUGCGGAUGCAGAAUGACAUGUCUCUACCGACGGCCGAGAGAAGAAACUACAAAAAUGCCGUCGAUGGCCUCCUCAGGAUGGUCCGAGAGGAAGGAUACUCGAGUCUGGUACGGGGUGUUUGGCCCAAUAGCGCGCGUGCGGUACUCAUGACCGCGUCUCAGCUAGCGAGCUACGACAUCUUCAAGGUCCAGAUCCUGCAAUGUACGACUCUUGGAGAUGGCCUAUCGACGCACUUCCUUGCCUCGUUCUUGGCUGGAUUCGUAGCCACCACGGUCUGCAGCCCAAUGGACGUAAUCAAAACGCGCGUCAUGAGCGCUAAGACCAACGAGGGCAUCUUCAGCAUGAUGACACGAAUCACGGCGGCCGAGGGCUUCGGAUGGAUGUGGAAAGGAUGGGUGCCCAGUUUCAUGCGGUUGGGACCUCACACCAUCGCCACGUUCAUCUUCUUGGAGCAACACAAGAAGAUAUACAGACAGCUCUAUUACAAGGACUAG